AUGGAUCGGCCAUGCCAAUCCACCAGGAAAUCGGAAUUCAAGAACUCUCCCAAGCUGGAUGGAUCCACGUUGCUCACCCCUGAUCUAUACAAACUAGAUCGCCUCAUAGACGGUACGCCGAUAACGGUUGAGCUACAUCCAACGCUCAACUAUUGCCAGUGUGUGGUCUCCUGCAAUAAUGUAGAAAAACUCAGCAACGAGGAACUACAAACGUACUUGGCCGAUCAAGGUAUUGUCAAAGUAUACCGAUUCAUCAGAAAACAGGGUAAAAAGGACAUCCCCACCAGUUCUAUGGUCUUGACCAUAAGAGGCUCUGCUCCGCCACCCUAUGUUUUCUUUGGCUUUAUUCGAGUAGCCACACGCACUUACUACCCCCGCCCACUUCUUUGUUACAACUGCGGCACCUAUGGGCACACCAAAAAUCGGUGCAAAAACGAAACAAUUUGCCUAGACUGCGGUAAUUCCUGUGACAGAAAAGAGAAGUGCCUAAAUCAACCCCACUGCAUUAACUGUGGUUCAAAUCAUCCCGCUAUCGACCGAAACUGUCCGCUCUACAUAGACGAACAAGCCAUCAUCCGACUGCGAAUCGAUCGAGGAAUUUCGCAAGCCGAAGCCACGAGAGAGUAUCGAAACCGAGUAACCAAUCAACAAUUAUCCAGGCCACUGCAACAAUCAAACUCCGAUGCCAAAAAAGACCAAAGGAUCCGCGAAUUAGAAGCCCAGAUUGCCUUGUUAACUAAGCAACUGGCUAAAUUCAAUGACCGUGCUGAAGAAAUCAAUGACAUAACGCUUGUAAAGGACAGCUCCACGUCACAGGACUCCGAAGAAUCGAAUUCAGAUAGUGAUAACCAAUCCACGAUCGAAGCAAUUCCAAGCACAUCAACACCGAAACGCAACCGUCAAAACAGCUCCUACGGCAGUCCACCUGGAACCGCAACAUCACCUCGGAAGAAGAGACAACCUUUUACCGCUACACAACCUCCUAUAAUCACACAAGGUAACCCCUCUCCGAUUCAUCCUGGAGCCUCCGGAUACCAGCUGCAUACGGCUUCGGACCCUAACUCUCGACAAGGCGCUGGACUAGCCAUCAAAAACGGCAUCCCAUACUGUGAUACCGGCCACAUCUACAUUGAUGAACUUGUGUCAUACCAAUCGUUCUCAAGCGAAAUCGAGGAUCUACUCUCCCAGCUACCUAUACCCCUGUUCAUCAUGACAGAUCCCAAUGCCCACUCCACUACUUGGGGCAGCUCCCAUACCACCAAAAAAGGCAACUUUAUUGAAAACCUGGCCCAGCUAAAAAACCUCACUGUCCUUAACAACUCCGACCCAACUAGAAUCGAUCCAGCAACUGGCAACUUAUCGGCCUUGGAUCUUACUUUGGCCUCCUGGGAACUUGGUCCCAAGCUGGACUGGGCUGUCCUCGAAGAUUCUUUCGGUAGUGAUCACUUCCCGAUCCUUAUCAAGCUUCAACACCCUACUCCGAAAGUUGCGACACGUCCACGCUGGAAGUAUGAUGAAGCCGACUGGCAAGGCUUCCAACUUGAAGUGGACCAUCUUAUAGCAACCACCGAACCUGUCCUUUUUGUACCGUUUGCCAAAAUACCGUCAGAUGCUGGAAAAAAUUUCAUACCUCGAACCAGUGGUGCAGUGGGGAAAACUGCCGUUCCGUGGUGGAACCCUGAAGUUCAGGAAGCGGUAAAACACCGUCGAAAAAAGCUCCGCGCUCUCAGACGAAUUCCAAAUAACGAUCCCGGAAAACAACUUGCCUUAGAAGAAUUCAAAAAAGCUCGGUCGUUGGCCAGAUCAACUGUUCGAACUGCCAAAGCAAAUAGUUGGCAGAAGUUUACAGAAGAAAUCCAUCCUAGCACCUCUUCUAACGUUCUGUGGGAGAAACUGAAAAGACUGAAUGGGGAACCCCGCAAAGACUCCUACCGACCUCUGCUGAAUCAACGACACAUAAAUAAUCCUUCAACUCUGGCCGACUCUUUUUGCGAGCACUUCUCUUCCAUCUCCAUGCCCCAUCCUCAAUCAACGAUUACACUUGCCUCUAACGACACAACAUCAAACAACCAAGAGUACAAUAAAGAAUUUUCUCUGGCAGAACUGGAAUUUUGCCUCCGAAAAGCGAGCGGGUACUCUGCAGGACCAGACGAUCUUGGAUAUCCAUUCUUUAAAAACCUUUCACUGCUUGGGAAACUUACGCUCCUGAAGAUAUUCAACAAAAUAUGGAUCGAAGGCGGAAUUCCCGAAUGUUGGAAGCUCGGAUUAGUCACUCCAAUAGCCAAACACAAGCAAAACCCCUUGCUCCUCGAUAAUUACAGGCCCAUCACUCUCCUAGACUGCGCAGGCAAAAUACUGGAAAGGAUGGUGAAUCGCCGACUACACGGCGUCCUUGAAAAAGAAACCCUUAUCGACAACCGGCAGUUUGGCUUCCGACCCGGAAGAUCCACCGAUGACUACUUCGAGUUACUCGAAAGAACUCUUGACACUUCACUUAGCAAUCACCGACAUGUGGAAUGCUUAUCACUCGACCUCUCCAAGGCCUUCGAUCGGGUUGAUCGCACCGCUAUUCUCAACACCUUUACCAAAUGGGGAAUUCAAGGGCGAAUGUUGCGGUACGUCCAAGACUUCCUAUCUGAUAGAUACAUCCAAGUCCUAAUAAAUGACACCCGCUCUAACAUCCGACCUGUUAUCUGCGGAGUCCCACAAGGAUCAGUCAUAGUCCCAACAUUGUUCCUGGUUGCCAUGAAUUCAAUUUUUCAGGUCAUACCUAACGACAUCCAAAUAACGACCUAUGCCGACGACAUUCUCCUCCUCUCAAUAUCCUCCUUUCCUAAGACCACCAGAAGAAAGCUGCAGCGAGCCGUAAACAUAGUAGCUGAUUGGGCACCUAGUAUGGGUUUCCAAAUUUCUCCCAAGAAGUCCAGUCUUCUCCAUUUUGGACCCAACAGAAGGAGACUCGGCAGACUACAUCCGCUCUUAAUGAACAGUCAAAAAAUCCCAUUAGUACACUCCACCCGCCUCCUGGGAGUCUGGCUUGACGACCGUCUAAAUUUCAAAUUGCAUUUCAACAACGUUCGUAAAAAUGCCACAAACAAAAUGAACAUCCUACGAAUUCUUUCCAACCAUACAAGCAUGGCCCAUCGAGACUCGCUAUUCCGCUUUCUACACGGCUGGUUACUUCCAUCGGUUCUUUAUGGACUACAUUUUAUCAGCCGAGCCAAGGUGGAUCUCAUCAAUAAACUGGAGCCUCUCUACAACCAAGGUGUAAGAACUAUUAGUUCAGCUUACCACACUAGUCCAAUUACUUCUCUGAUUGCCGAGAGUUAUCAGGAACCCUUCACCUACCUUGUCGCUAGAUGGCUCUCCACAAAAGCCAUACGAGCGCUCGCCAACGGGGAACCAAAAGAAUCACCAUCGAUAAUGAGAACCGAUUCCCUUCUGUACGAUCUAACAGACCAAAACUUGCCACCUAUUUGUCCCAGACAAAACCCCUGUACAAGACCCUGGAACGAAGCUGGAGACCAUCCCAACAUCAUUCUUCCCCACUUUAUGGAACUGACAGCCCAAAAAUACAAAACACACCCACACGUUUAUACUGAUGGUUCCAAGACGGACAGCGGCAAAGCAGGGUGUGGAAUAUACAGCGGUAACAAUAUUCAAAACAAAAGCCUCCCUCUUCCACCUGAAUGCUCUGUUUUCAGCUGUGAAGCAUACGCCAUACUUGAGGCUACACAAUCCGUCGAACCCAGCUCCAUCAUAUUCUCCGAUUCUGCAAGCGUGCUAAAUGCUUUAUCAGCAGGUAACACUAAACACCCCUGGAUCCCCCAAAUCUCCAAAAUAGCACUUCGUAGAAAUAUCACAUUGUGCUGGGUACCGGGGCACGCCGGUAUUCCUGGCAACGAGGCAGCUGACCGCCUUGCAGCCGCAGCUACCAAACUCGACCCUCCAAACAUUCCCAUUCCUCAACAAGAUGCCUCAAAAUUCGUCCGAAAUUUGCUUCAACUGUCAUGGAGCAUCAAAUGGGACCUAAACCACGAGUCCAAGCUAAGAGAGGUGAAAAACUCUACAGAAAAAUGGAUCGAUAGGAAAAAUAACAUCGAAAGAAGAGCCCUGACGCGCCUACGUAUCGGACACACCAACAUCACACACCAGCACCUGUUAAAAAAGGAAGACCCUCCCAACUGCAGUAGUUGCAACGUACCCAUCACCGUCAAACAUAUCCUGGUGACAUGUCAACAGUACAAUGUUCAAAGAACACAGUCCCAUCUUGCGAAUAAUCUACGGGAAAUCCUGAGUAACUGCCCCAAUGAAGAGAAAAAAAUAUUAGUAUUCUUGCGAAACACAAAACUACUCCAUCAACUGUAA